AACACUUAAGCUUUACCUGCAUGAUUGAAGGAUACUAGUUGAAGUUUAAUAGGAUCAAAUUUGGUAGAAAAAUGUAUAUGCUGAAAAAUGUACAUGUAGCAACAACCAAAGUGUACAUUUAAAACCAUAAACCACAAUGGGUGAAAUAUGACGAAUUCGGUGAUGGUUCUAUACGCAAGGUGGAUGCACAAAUGGAUCAGUAUGACUAUCAAAAUAGGCUCUUAAAUGUUUUUGGAAAAAAUUAGAGUAUAAAGUAAGUAAAUUAAAGUUCAGUUAAAUGGCGUUUUUUUAAUCGACAACGACUUAAAAUAUGUUAAAAGUGCAGAGAUGAGCUAGUUGGAAGCGAACGAGAUUAGGUCCCAAUCCAAUAGAAAACAUUUAAAAUGAUAUGGAGCAACAAAUAAAAGCAGAGAUUCCUAAGAAUUUCGCCAAUUUAAGGCCAGAAAUCCUGCAUGAUUGAAGGAUACUAGUUGAAGUUUAAUAGGAUCAAAUUUGAUAGAAAAAUGUAUUUAUGCUGUACUCCAAACAUGUAGCAACAACCAAAGUGUACAUUUAAAACCAUAUCUGGUAACUCUAUGCCUGAAUAGUUGAAAUUUUUUUGUACGGCUGAUCUUUUGUGGAAAAAAUAAUAAUUACUUUUAUUAAAAAGUGUUUUUUUUUACUUGAACUAAUUAAAUUUGGAAUAUAUUAUCUCCUGUUUCAAUUAAUAUAUAAAGAUUCUUUUGGAUAAAUUAUUUGCUGAAAAAUUAUAAAAACGUGCUAUUUGCCUUUGCAAAUUUUGUGUGCUGCAUUCCGCCAUUUUUGUUCCUGAACUUUUUUUAAAUUUGUACAUAUUUAUUUUUUAAUAAAUACCACUGCAGUCUAUUGGAACUUUAUGAUUUGUGGUUAAGUGGAGUGUGUCUUGUUGCUGGUAGAGGUUUGCUGCUGCUAUCUUCUUGCAGUUGAACCCUUUUCAUUGAUUCUUGCUGUUUUACUUGCCGCCAUUUUUGUGUGUUACGUGUGGUGGUGUUUCUGCGGCUGUUGGAGUAGUGCACCUGCCGCCAUAUUUGUGGUCUGUGAGUGCUGUGCUACCUUGGUGGAUGAUUGCUCCUACUGUUUUCCUGCUGGUGAUUCUACAUAUAUAAGGGUGCUGUUUGCUGCUACACAUUGUGUCACUUGCUGCCAUACUUAUUGUGAGUGGUGUUCUGCUUAUGGUGUUAGUGUGGAUUUGCUGCUGCUGUCAUCCUACAGGAAUUGUUAAAAUACUUUCACUGGAGUUCAUUGUGUACUAUUGCUGCUGUUAAGUAAAGCUGUUCUUGCUGUUGCUGCUAUCCUCCUAUUGGUGCAUUAUUAUUAUUAAUAUUGAAGUUUUGCUUACUGGUUGUGAAUUAUCAACGUGCUCCUGUCUGCUGUUAAUGUAUUUUACGGGCUAUUUAGUGCACUUUUGAAUUUGUUUGCUACCAACCAUUUUUAAGAUGCCGCCUGCUAAAACUUACAAAUGUGGUGUUUGUCUGGAAGAUAUUGCCAAGAAUCGAGCCAGUGUCCUAUGCAAAAAUUGUUCACUGUGGAUACAUGUUAGCUGUACAGAUCUUCAAGAAAAAGCACUCACUUUAUUAAAAGACAGUAAGUCUUUAUCUUUUACUUGUUCCAAAUGUGACAAAAACCCAAAUUCUGGUAUGGAUAAAAUACGCGAAUAGGUUUGUGCCAUUAGCUCUAAACUUGAUUUAUUUAUUGAUAAAGUGGGCAAUGAUCAAAGAUCUAUUCAACAAUCUCUAAUGGAUACUGUCGCCGGCUUUCGAACAGAAAUGACAACUUGCUUUAAGGAUAUGAAGGCUGAAAUACUUAAUUGUAAUAAACUUAUUGGUUUUAUUGACACGUCGACUACUAAAAGAAUUAAUACUUUAGAGGAUGAAAAUAAUGUCUUAUACAAGAGACUCAAUCGUGCUGACGUCAUUAUUAUUGGUUUGCCAGCAGGUCUGGGUGACCUAGUGGAUCCUAUCAUUAAAAUAGGAUCUGUCUAUAAUAUCCCUAUCUCUCGCGUCGACAUUAAUCAUGCCUUUUACUUUAAGAAUCAAAAAGCUAUUUUAGUAAAAUUCAAUAAUGUUUUUUUGCGUGACCAGUUAAUGGCGGAGUAUUUCAAAACCAGAACCUUAAGAGUCUGCGAUGUUAUUGGAGGUGAAAUUGAAUCACGUAUAUAUUUAAAUGAUCACCAUUCCCCAGCUGCUGGCCGGUUAAAUAUUGUAUGUAAGAAGCUUCUCCGUAAGGGCAUAAUUAUUAAAUUUAAGAUGCUUAAUGGUGAUAAGUUACGUGCUAAGCUGACCAUGGCUGAUGGAAAGAACGUGGUUUGCGACUCCGUUGAAUGUGCUGCAUUACUUAAUGAAUAAAUUUUGGGAAAUAUUGCUUGAAUUUACCCUGGAAAGUUUUUAUAUGCUCUCAUGUUGGUUUUCUUUUUAAAAUAAAUGUAAAAAUGACAAUUUUUUUUUAGUACAGGAUAACGUCCUUGUUGUUCAGACUGAGACCUGCAUAUCUGAUGUGUAAUGGAGCAAUCCCAAUAUACUUACUUGAGUUAUAUGUACUUGUGUUUUAUUUUAUUUACCACAUAAAAAACGAUAGUAUCAAUACCUUUGCUUACCCAUUAAUUAUACAUUUAUACAUUGUUAAUUAUAUAGUUAAAAGCUAUUUUAUGACUCUUAUAAAUUGUAUAAAUAUUUUUAUUUUUUUACAUUUAUUAAAUAGUAUUAAUCAUAAAUUGCUUCUGAAAGGGACCUUAUGUGUAUUUGUUUAUAUUUUUAAUCUUACUGGCUGGGGAGCCUGAAUGAAUAAAUAUAUGUAACAAAUUAAUAAAUAUAUAUUAAGCAUAUAUCAACCUUUAUAAUAUUUUUAAGGCGUAUAUUUUACUAUGUAAUAUUGUUAUUUUGGCCAAAGUGGCUUUAUAUUACUGAAUAAAUAAAUAAAUAAAUAAAUAAAUAAAUAAAUAAAUAAA